UCCCUCUGCCCAGUAUUGGACCAUCUGUAUUUCAGUGUGAUCUCUGCCACUGCCUCUCUCAGAGCCCCAGCAUCUUCCUUGUACAUAGUGAUUACACUCCUGCUGCUCUGGAGAGGCCCGUGCAAGGGCAGAUUGAAUAAGACCCUGAAAGUGGACACAUGUUCCUGCUGAGGCUCUCCCUGCAUUCCUGAGUGAGGGCAGGCCUCCACCUCUGACUGGCACUGCUCCCAGGCCUGCCUUCGUUGCCUGGCAACAGCUCUGCGUCUUUGGCGGAGAGCACACUAUGGCAGCCAAGAGGGUAGUGGUGUACCGGAAUGGGGACCCUUUCUUCCCAGGCCGCCAGCUGGUGGUCACCCCACGCCGCUUCCCCACCCUGGAGACCUUCCUCAGAGAGGUCACGUCAGCAGUGCAGGCCUCACUGGCGGUGCGUGCCCUGUACACCCCUUGUCACGGCCACCCUGUCACUGACCUGGCCGACCUGCAGAACGGAGGGCAGUACGUGGCUGCUGGCUUCGAGCGAUUCUGCAAGCUGCACUACUUGCCCCCUGGAGGGAAGGAUCCGGGUGGGAAAAGCAGCAGACUACUAUGUUGUCCUGUGACUCAGCACCCAGGUGACGGAGCGCUUGGAUGGAGACCUGCAGGCUCUCCCUGCUAUAUCCAUGUGUUCAGGAACGGGGACCUGCUAAGUCCCCCAUUUGGCCUGAAGCUGUCCCAGGCUGCCAGCGAGGACUGGGAGACAGUGCUGAAGCUCCUGACUGAGAAGGCCAAACUACAGAGCGGGGCUGUGCACAAACUCUGCACCCUGGAGGGCCUCCCGUUGUCAGCAAGGGAGGCUCUGGUGAGUGGCCGUUACUAUGUGGCUGUUGGAGAAGAUGAAUUCAAGGCUCUCCCCUACCUGGAGCUGCUGGUGCCUAACCCCUCACUGCCCAGGGGCUGCUGGCAUCCUCGAGACCCAAAGUCUAAGCCCCACAAGCAAGGGGCCCGUGGCCACAGGACACACGCAACCCAACCCUCUCCAAAGGAACCAAGCCAAACUGAGCCACCUGCUUUCUAUGCCAGACCCCAGCAGGCGACUCAGUCAAGAAGCCUGCUCCCCAUGCUCUCAUUUCCAUCAGGAGUGUAUCGGGCUCCCCAGCCACGGAAGGAAACAGAAGGGGCCCAGGAAGUAGCCGAUGAUGCAGACACCCGGACAGAGGAACCCCUGGAUCAGGUGGGCUGGUGCUGGAAGCGGUAUGCUGGGACAGGAGUUCUGAGCUGGAAAGAAACUGUCAGCCCUGAGUCCCAGGAACAGUUCUUCCCCGUGACUGAGCAGAUCUGACAUCUCAGAGCCCACUUCCUACCUUGUUAAACGAGAGAGCAGAUCCUAAUUUCUAAAGUCUCUUCCUUUCCUGCGGUUGGGAAACUUGGCUGAGGGCUGGACGCUGGGCAUGGGAUGCUAAUGGUCCACUCUCUGUGACCUCCCCCCUCCUCCAGAGGCCAGCACAGAUAGUGGAUGAGGCCCUGCCCCUGGAGAACCAGCCUGGAGCUGGGGCAGCUAUCUCCACCUCAGCCCCUGCUCCUCCAUCUUGAGAGCCACAGCCCCAGCCGGGAACUGGGACUACCUCUCUGCAGCCACAUUCUAUCCGCAGCCCCGGGAGCCUGUUGUAGAACCAGUGCCUCCCCUGGGCUUGCAGAAUAUGCUUCAGCCCCUCAGCCCCUCCCCAGUCUUCUGCUUCUAAAUCAUAGCCCGUCCUCCUUUGCUUGCUGAGGUCAUUUCCUAUGGGGUUCUCUGGCCAGAGGAGUAGCCAGCUGGGCUUGGGAGAGACCACAAACUUGGGGGUGGGUCUGUCACAAUAAAAGAACACUAACCUC